ACGUACGCGAGUGUAAUUUUUCAAUUCAUAAUAUUUUUCACUAUUUAACAAAAAGUAAUAAAAUUUCGUGAAUUUAAAAUUAUUAAUAUUAAUUUCUGUUGUUAUUGUUUUCAAACAGAAAGUUUUGAUAGAAAAGAUUAGAUUUCGUUUAUUUAAAAUCGCUUGAACUUGAUUUAUAAAUAAAGCCUUGAUUUUUACUUCAUGACGAUGUUUCGAGUUUUGUAAUUAGUUUAUGUUACACUGUCCCACGUGGAGGUUUAUCAUUUCUUACAACAAAUAUCCAGUGCUUAAGAAAUUGAUAAGGAAUUUAUGAUUAACAAAAAAUUUAUUCUCUUUAUAAAUUCUCGUCGAUUUAGUGAGUGAAAAAUAACAGCGAUUAUUUUACUUUCUUUUCAUUAAAAUAUAUUGAUAUAAAUUAUUAAUUUCAAAGGAUAAAUUAAUAGAGAGGGACAUUUUGGAAAAAAAAUGGCUCCUUUGAGUUCCGUGAAUACGGGAAAUCCGGAGCUUGAUGAAAAAAUUACCGAAUGGUUUAAAUGGAAUAAGGAUCCAAAUGCUGACGUUCAAAUACAGUCUCUAAUAAAGAAUAAUGAUACGGGAAAUUUAUUGAAAUUGUUCUUGAAACGACUUGAGUUUGGAACGGCUGGAAUUAGAGGUAGAAUGGGUCCUGGAUUUAAUCAAAUGAAUGAUUUGGUAAUUAUUCAGACUAGUCAAGGUCUUGCUAAAUAUUUAUUAGACACUGUUGGCAAUGUGGAAAUUAAAGGAGUCAUCUUGGGAUACGAUGGACGACAUAAUAGCAAAAGAUUUGCAGAACUAACGGCAUCAAUUUUUCUUAAUAAACAAAUAAAAGUCUAUAUGUAUUCAAAAGUUUGUCCAACUCCAUUUAUUCCAUAUGGAGUUUUAAAAUAUAAAUGUGGAGCCGGAAUAAUGAUAACGGCCUCGCAUAAUCCAAAAGAUGAUAAUGGCUAUAAAGUUUAUUGGGAGAAUGGUGCACAAAUUAUAUCACCGCACGAUAAAGGAAUACAAAAAUGUAUAUUGGAAAAUUUAGAACCGUUAGAUUCAUCUUGGAAUACAAAGGAAAUUUAUCAACAUUCAUUGUUUAAUGAUCCAUUGAAUGAUGUUUUAAAAGAAUAUUACAAUGAUCUUAAGAAUGAUGUUUUAUAUUCGAAUAUUAAUGAAAAUACAAUUCUCAAAUUCACUUAUACUGCAAUGCAUGGAGUUGGUUUUAAUUAUAUGUCGAGAGCUUUUGAAACUGCCAAUUUUAAGCCGUUCAUUGUCGUUGAAGAGCAAAAAGAUCCGGAUCCCGAAUUUCCAACAGUGAAAUUUCCAAAUCCAGAGGAAGGAAAAAGUGCAUUAAAUUUGAGUAUUGAAACGGCAAAUCGAAAUUCGUCUACAAUUAUUUUAGCAAAUGAUCCCGAUGCUGAUCGAUUGGCGUGUGCAGUAAAAGGAGAAAACAAUGAAUGGCAAAUUUUCUCCGGCAAUGAGCUUGGAGCACUUUUAGGAUGGUGGAUGAUGCACGUGUAUAAAGUUCGAUAUCCUGGCAAUAAUUUAGCAGAAACUUGCAUGUUGGCCUCGACUGUAUCGAGUAAAAUCCUUCAAUCGAUGGCUAAGAAAGAAGGAUUUCAAUUUGAAGAAACUUUAACAGGCUUCAAAUGGAUGGGAAAUAAAUCGAUUGAUUUAAUGAAAGAGGGAAAACAUGUUCUUUUUGCUUUUGAGGAAGCUAUUGGUUUUAUGUGCGGUCAAAAAGUUCUCGAUAAAGAUGGAAUUAGCGCGGGAACUCGUCUUGCCGAAAUGGCCGCCUAUCUUGAAACAAUGGGUCUUUCGUUACGUGAAAAAUUAAAUGAAAUUUACGCCGAAUAUGGUCAUCAUAUUAGCGAGAAUUCCUAUUGGAUUUGCCACGAGCAGGAAACAAUUAAAUGUAUUUUUGAGAGACUGAGAAAUUUUAAUGGAAAACCAAAUACAUAUCCAACAAGUAUUCUUGGAGAAAAGUAUCCGAUAAUUGGUGUAAGAGAUUUGACGACUGGUUACGAUAAUUCGAAACCUGAUAAUAAAGCGAUUUUGCCCAUAUCAAAAUCAAGUCAAAUGAUCACAUUCACCUUCAAAAAUGGCCUUGUUACAACUUUAAGAACAAGUGGCACUGAACCAAAAAUUAAAUAUUACAACGAACUUUGUGGAACUCCAUGUCAAAAGGACAUAAAAGUUUUGAAAAAUACAUUAAAGGAGAUGGUCGAUGCUAUUGUAUCGGAAUUCCUUCAACCAGAAUUAAAUUGCCUAAUACCUCGCAGUGAUUAAUAAUUAUCAAGAAGAUAAUUUCAACAUUCUAAUAAUAAUUUAUUGGAAAAGAAGACUCUUUCAUGGCUCGUGCUCAUAUAUACUUAAAAAUAAAAUCAUUAAAGUAGUUUCAUUACAUUAGAAAUUAUCUAUAGAUAUGCGAAAAAAAAAAUUAGUUUUUUCUUUAAUUGUAACUUCACUUUUUUACUAAAUGUAGUACAAUAAAUAAAAUUCUCCAAAUGAGAA